AAGAAACCACGAAAACCCUAAAACAUCAUCCGAGAGAAAAAAUAAAACUCUCGGGAUCGGUCGCUCUCUUCUACCUUUGCUUCGCCGGCGGCCACCGCUGCACCGCUGCUGAAGACACCCGUUGCACCGUCACCACUGCUCUUGAUUAUUUCCAUUUCAAUCACAAAGUCUCGUUUUGGCUUGCUUUCUCGCUGGGAUCUAGAAUUUCUGCUUCUGAUUCCGAAAGAUUUACCGGUGAUUUUUUCGUUUUCCGGGGUUGCUGCUUUUUCCGGCGCGGUACGACCGCUUGAUCUAUCUCUCGCCAUAAAUUCAGUGAAGAUAUUUAAUUGGAAGGAAUUCUUCUCAAAUCAUGGAGUCUUUAUGGAAGCUGUUGUAUUUGCUAGAACCUGCUCCAGUUACUCUCAUAAUUACAGCUGUCACAGUGACAUUUGCAUCUGCUUUCCGUGCACUUAACUACGGAAAAGAGAUGGAGAGAAAUCGUGACUUAUCUGAAGCAUCUAUUACAUUGGAUAGGUCCCAAGCAUUGAUGAUCCCAGUAAUGAGCUCGUGCAGUUUGCUUUUGAUGUUCUAUCUGUUUUCUUCAGUUUCCCAGCUCCUUACUGUCUUCACAGCCAUCGCCUCUGUUUCAUCUCUCUUCUUCUGGUUUUCACCAUACGUGACAUAUAUCAAGUCGCAGCUUGGUCUGACCGACCCCUUUGUUUCAUCUUGCUGUUCGAAAUCUUUUACAAGAACCCAGGGGUUAUUGCUAGUGGCUUGUGCCAUGACAGUUGUGGCAUGGGUCAUCUCUGGGUAUUGGAUUUUGAACAAUGUGCUGGGGAUCUCCAUUUGCAUCGCGUUUGUGAGCCAUGUCCGCUUACCUAACAUCAAAAUAUGUGCCAUGCUCUUAGUAUGUCUCUUUGUGUAUGACAUAUUUUGGGUUUUCUUCUCCGAGAGAUUCUUUGGUGCUAACGUUAUGGUGUCGGUGGCAACCCAACAAGCAUCGAACCCAGUUCACACAGUAGCCAGCAGUUUGAAUCUUCCCGGUCUACAGUUGAUCACAAAGAAACUGGAAUUACCAGUAAAGAUUGUCUUUCCCCGAAACCUCUUGGGUGGUGUGGCUACCGGUGUCAGUGCCUCAGACUUUAUGAUGCUCGGUCUUGGUGACAUGGCAAUCCCGGCGAUGCUUCUUGCCUUGGUCCUCUGGUUUGACCAUCGCAAAACCAGGGAAGUAGUGAAUCUUUUCGAUCUUCAUUCGUCUAAGGGACACAAAUACAUUUGGUAUGCUCUUCCUGGAUACGCCAUUGGCCUUGUAACUGCCUUGGCUGCUGGUGUCUUGACUCACUCGCCUCAGCCCGCCUUACUUUACCUGGUACCGUCGACGUUAGGACCGGUGGUGUUCAUGUCAUGGCUGAGGAAGGACCUGUCUGAGCUGUGGGAAGGAACCAGCGCGCCCUGUCCGAAUGAUAAGUCUCACCAAAUAGAGAUAUGA